AUGUCGAAGGCAAAGGCAACUCCAUUGCCACCAAACCGAGAAAAAGCGGAAGCGAAGCCAGUGCAAAAUUCGACUGCAAGGCCUACAUCGCAGAAAGCUGAAGAAAAGCUGAGCGCAGAAAGCUGCUCAAAGACCGCACUCCAGCAGGCCGAUUUCCCUGCUGUGGGAGCCACAGUGAAAAUAUCGUUCAUUGGGAACAAUGAGAUGUACAUUUACGAUGUCGGUCCUGGGCCGAACGGCCGAUCCAAUUCGCAUACUCAACUAGUUCGUCGCUGCCUAGAGGAGGGUCGAAAGAAAGGGAACACCUUGACAAAAGCUCCCGUAGUUGGUGACAUUUUGCUGGCACCGUUCAGUGGCGAGUACUACCGUGCCGUGGUCAAUUCGGUAGAAGGGAACUGUGCGGACGUUUUCUUCGUCGAUUUCGGUAAUUCCGAGAAGCUCGAGUGGUCCCGGUUCAAAGAGAUUCUUGAACCGGUCCUCAAAUCCGCUGAUCGUAGCGCGCACGAAGUGUGGAUCAUAAAUGUUUCUAAGUUUACGGAGCCCAUCCGACAGAAGCUUAACGAACUGGAAGAUGAAGAAUUUGAACUGUCGAAAGUAAUCGAUAUGUCAAGUACAAGCAUUAAACUGGUGGAUCUGCGUCACCCGAAGGAAUUAUAUUUCCUUAGUGACAAAUUGCGCCAACUGCCCGAGAAGGGCAAGGAAAUAUGUAAACCACCGGAGAAGAAAAACAUAGUGGUGGCGUCUGCUCCAGAAACUUACGUUCCAGUGAUGGACGACGAGGUAAUUGAAGCCACUAUUCCAGCAGAAGACGGCGUUGAGUUGAUUAUAAUAGACGCGUCCUAUUUGAACCAUGAUUCAAAUAAUCAAAUAGCGGUGGUCGUUAAAGCGAACCAGAAAAAGUAUGAUGAGCUGUUGAGUGAAAUUCACUCCUACGGAGAAGCAGAUGUAAAUGAGUACCAGCCCAAGCAAUGCGGUGAGCUGUGUUUGGUUCGUUAUGAAAGUAUCUGGACUCGAGCGAUGCCUACAGAUAUCCAGAGAGAUUUGAUUGAGUAUAUGCUGUUCGAUUUGGGCGUUUUAUGCACUGUGCCUUCGAAGAACGUACGUCGAUUUCCUCCGAAAUUAUCGCGUACAUUGUACGUGACUGACUGCAUUGUUGACAAUCCCGAAACACUGUGCACACUCGCGAAAGAGUCGACAGCCGAGAAAUUGCGCACCAAACUGAUUAAGGUCAACGUAAAGCCGGAACGGGAGAGUAACGAUGCACAGCACGUGACUGUUGUUUCCGUCGGUGACAAAGUUUCAUCAUAA